AUGAGCGACGAAUCAGAGGGUCACACAUCAAAUGGACAAAGUCGAUACGAGAUUGGCUUGCACGAUCUGCGUUCUAAGAUCAGCAUCAUCCCGCGAGAACCGUUUCUGUUCUCCGGCAGCCUGAGACAGAACCUCGAUCCGUUCGACUUGUAUACGGACGAACCACUACGGCGAGCUCUAGACAAAGUCGAAUUGAAGGAGAUGGGCUUGGAAGUCCACAUCAAUGAGGGCGAUUCUAAUCUCAGAGUCGGCCAACGACAAUUGGUCUGCUUGGCGCGAGCUAUUGUGAGGAACAAUCCAAUACUCGUGCUGGACGAGGCGACCGUGAAUGUGGACCCGCGAACAGACGAACUUAUACAGACAACUAUCAGGAAAAAAUUCGAGAAGUGUACAAUGCUAACGAUUGCUCAUCGACUCAACACCGUUAUGGACAGCGAUCAUAAUUUUAUAUAUCGUACGCAGGAAUUCGAUCAUCCUUACAUGCUGCUGCAAAAAGACACGGGCUACUUGAAAAGCAUGGUGCAGGAGACCGGCAAGGCGAUGGCGGAGGUCCUGGCUUCCGUCGCCCAUAACUGCCAUCAGAAUCGUGGAUUCACGGCGUUUUGA